AUGGAACAAUUACCACUAACAGGUUCCACCUAUAUUGACUUACCUUCGUCAUCUUCGAUUUCGCCCAACCCCACAUUUGCAACAACAGCCAACAACAACGGCAUAAAUAACGGUCUUGGAACAAUAAAACGCUUUAAACCGAUAGAGACUUGCGAUAAUUGCAAAGAACGCAAAGUUAAAUGUGACAGAGAACGACCAAUAUGCGGAACAUGUAACAGAACUAAACGAGAGUGCACAUAUAAUUUCUCGGCUUCUUCGAAACGCGAGAGGCCAAGAAGCGAAUAUGAGAUUCUACAAGAACAAAUAGAAGAAGUGGCUACUAUACAGUUUGACCAGUUAAAUCAGCUGGAAAAUAUGCUAGAGAAUUUAAUUGGCAACAACGGUCUACCCCAAGCUACGGUGGCAGCACCUGGUCAGGGAGAUUUCAAUGAUAUAAUCCAGAAUGGUGGUGCAAGUAACUCUUAUGUCGAGAAUUUUAUUCCUAAUCCGAUGGCCAAUAAUUUUUAUGGAAUGUAUCAAACUGAAGAAAUGUCUAGACCCAGUCUAAAUCAGAGCAUAUCAGAAGAGACAUUACAAUUUACCGCUCAAUUAGCCUCCACGCUACCUAAAACUAAUAAACCUCCUUCGAUCACUACAAACAUCAACAACGCGUCGAGCCAAUAUACUAGUGAUAAUAUGCAAUUUUCAGAUCCAGUAGAUAAACUUACUGACGAACUAAAUAGUUUAAACCUUUUCGAGUCUACAAGAUACAUUGGUGAAGGUUCUCUCUUGAUGUUGAGUGAUGGAGGCGAAGAAACAAUAGUACCUCAAACACCAACAAACUUGUCGCAAGUAGAACCGGAACUUAAGCUUAUACCCAAUCCAGUUGCGGCAAAAUAUUUGAUUGAUUUGUAUUAUCAACGAGUGUACCGUCAUUACCCGCAUUUACGGAGGAAGAUUGUUGAUGAUUGUCUAGCGAAUCUUUCAAAGCCGCAACAUUUUCUUUUGCUCAAUAGUAUUUUCUUUGCGGCUUCGCCAUUCCAUGCUGAUAAAGAUUUGCGUGAUGGAAAACCAUAUCAUAAAAGAGCAAUAGCUCUAUUACAAAAUCACUGCUUACAAACGCCUCAUGUCUUAACGGUCGUAAGUUUAUUUAUACUCGGCCUUCAUACUAGAACGAUGGGAUCUGCAUGGAUCUUUCAUGGAAUGGGUUCAAAAAUGACCUUUGAGCUAGGGUUACAUCGAAAAAUUAAAAAAAUCCAAAUGAGUGAUGCAAUCAAAGAAAUGCGAGAUAUGGCAUUUUGGGGGUGUUUUGUUGCUGAAACAUGGGUUUCAGCAUGUUAUGGACGUCCUAGUGCUAUUGAUGAAGCUACUUGUGACGUUGAUUUGCUUCCUAUACCAUCAGAUCCAGAACCUGAUGAAGAAACGCGACUUCAUAUUGCAUGGAUUCUUCACAUCAAUUUAUUGCGUAUUUUCGCUCAGGUACGAAAAUAUCUAUACGGAAGAUCAAAAAUAGAAGGAACCAAGCGCGAAGAAAAUCAGUUUAGAUUUUUGGAUGCGGCGCUUGGUCGUUGGUUUUACACCUUGCCAAACUGGUUGAAAUUUGAAGAGAUGGCAACUGACGUGAAGGGAAGUUUGCUAGGAUCUAUUGGAGGAGAAAUGCACACACUCUUUUGGACAGUUCUAAUUCUUCUUCAUAGCCUAAAUUUAACAAUGUUCACCACAAGCCCAACGAAUCCUACGCAAGAAGCGAAUCGAUUAUCUUCGCAGACAAUCUGCGUUCACGCAGCCACUAUUCUUCUUCAUUGGCUGGACGUACUUAUGAACCAAGUUCCUGAUUUCUUUGAACAAUCAUGCACGGCACUUUUUGCCAUUGCACCUGCAAUUCGGGUGCUAGCAUGGACAACGCAACGAGGAGAUACAAAAGCAGAAAGUAUGGUUGAAAGACUCAAAGAAAUAAAAAAUGAAGUUAAAGAAAUCGCGCGAAGGAGAUUUGCAUCUGGUCGAUUAGACGGCGAAGAGAAACUACAAGGAUGGUUUGGAAAACUCAAAGAGGAGGAAGCCAAAAAUAAUAAAUCUCCAGAGGCCGCUGCUGCAAGUUCAUCUUCACUUAGUCCCGAUCAAGUCAAAAAUCUCUCAGCAAGAGGAAGAAACCCUAAUAUAGCCAGGAGGCGAAAUAACAAAUCAUCAGAUUGGCGUGGUGAAACAGACAAUUUUAAAUUUACUUUUGAUCCCGCUAGUCUUGAAAACUUUCAUGAGCAAACUCAACAAUCCAUUCCUUUCCAAGUUUACACUGAUCAACAGCAAUUAGCGCCACAUCAAACAGAUUACAACAAUCAAACUUAUCCUGAUAUGCAGUUCUCUUCUACCUUGUCUCCACCUCCUAAUAUAUCCUCCGCGUCCACCUCUCCACAUCCAACGGUUCUUUCUCCGCAUAUAGACGCGCCGUUUAAUACGCCAAUAUUUACUGGAAUAAAUAAUUUUAUUCAGCCACAACAACAAUUGGAUAUUCAUAAUCCAGUGAAUUUCUGGAAUCCUUCACUCAAUAAUAAUCAGUAUGGAGUUGGAUUUGACGCAAAAAUUAUGAUGGAAAAUGGUAGCAAUAUUGUUGGCCAUAGCAACGAAGAAUAUGUGCCCACAAUUUGA